CGGAGCGCCAGUGGGGCCAGGGCCGGAGCAGAGCCGGGGUCGGGGCAGCAGCGGGGACCCUCGGAGGCGGGGCCAGUGGGACUGCGAUGGGCGUGGAGAUCGAGACCAUCUCCCCGGGAGACGGAAGGACAUUUCCCAAGAAGGGACAGACGUGUGUGGUGCACUACACAGGAAUGCUCCAAAAUGGGAAGAAAUUCGAUUCGUCCAGAGACAGAAACAAACCUUUCAAGUUCAGAAUUGGCAAACAGGAAGUCAUCAAGGGUUUUGAAGAGGGUGCAGCCCAGCUGGGUCCUCUUUCUCCUCUCCCCAUCUGCCCCCAUCCCUGCUAGAUGAGCUUGGGGCAGAGGGCGAAGCUGACCUGCACCCCCGAUGUGGCGUAUGGAGCCACGGGCCACCCUGGUGUCAUCCCUCCCAAUGCCACCCUCAUCUUUGACGUGGAGCUGCUCAACUUAGAGUGAAGGCAGGAAGGAACUCGAGGGGGCUGGAGUUGGCUGCUGCUCGCCCUCCUAGCCUGCUCUGCCACUGGGACGGCUCCUCCUGCUUGGGGCUCUUGAUCAGUGCGCUAACCUCACUGCCCCACAGCAUUAUCCAUGCUCUGCCCAAGUUGUUCUGUAUGUGUUCAUCAUCGUUCACGCGCAUCUUUGCUUGAGGAAACUUCGGUUGCCGAUCAAAACAUUUCAGGUUGUGCAUUUUGCGUGAUGCAUGUCGUAGCCAUUUCUGACCACAGAAUACAGAUUUCUUGUUCGCACAAUCUACACUGCCUUACUUAAGCCAGACCCACAAGGUGCUCAGACAUGAAAUGUACAUGGUAUACACAGAGGGACUUGAGCCAGUUACCUUUGCUGUCACUUUCUCUCUUAGAAAUUCUGUUGGCUGCUGACUUACACAAUGUCCUCUUUGGAAAUGAUAUGUAAAAUAAAGGCUCUGUGCUUG